AUGUUCUCGACCAUAGAAGAAUGGGGUGCAGCAUUUUCAGUAGCAGAGGGAGUUAUAUCCAUCUACACUGACUAUUCAAAGAUAGAACGAAGAAUCGGACCCGGUGUCUACUCGAAGGAACUGCAGAUCAACGACUGCAGUGUCUUCCAAGCGGAGAUUUACACUAUAGGGAGGGUGGCUAGUAUUUUACUUUGUAGUAAAGUUCCAGAAGGCAAAACCACUAUUUUUGUCGACAGUCAGGCAGGACGUAGGAAUACUGAAGGAAAUGAGUCGACUGAUGAGAUGACCAGAUGCAGCUCAGAGAUGCCAAUAGAAGAAAUGAAGAGCUGCAUACUACCACCGUUUCGUGAUUACGUUAGGAAAAUUGAAGAAUACACCGUAGCCGUGACGAAUGAUUUGUGGAACAAACGGGAAGACUGUCGCUUCGGACGUGUCAUUGUCAUACCCAAAGAUGGCGAUGAAAAUAUGCUGCGUCGUGAGAUCUUCCAAGAAUUGCGACAUCUGGAUGACCUCAUACAGAAUGCGACCGUCGAGUAUGAGGGUGAAUUAUUCACGUACAAAGAUGCCUGUGCGCGCUGGGAGAAUGAAUGCUUUCAGAAUGAUAUAUUGAAUUUAGAUUUUAUAAUGGAUGAUAUCGAAUCCGGCGAACUGAAUCUCACUUUUCCCAUCAUGUUUAAUCCGGUCACUUGGGAUGCACAUGCCUUCCCGGUCUUCUUUGGCGGCACAAAGUUGACAGAGGAUAAUAUAAUUUUGAGUGUUCCGGCUAUACAAUUAGUUUAUUUUGUGACUGCAGACACUAAGCGGCAAGAUGCAAAAGGUGCCGAAUGGGAGGAGACUUUCUUGAAAGUUGUGGGAAAAGCUGAAAAUUCCGGCCUCUUUAAACACAUUUCCGUGGCAUAUUUCGCCUCACGUACUUUGGAUCAUGAGUUAGAGAAGAAUACACGUACCGUUGUGCCAUAUUUUGGCUCAACAUUUGCGCUAAUGGCGCUUUUUAGCGUCAUCACUUGCAUGAUGGGCGAUGCCGUACGCUCGAAACCAUGGCUCGGUCUGAUGGGUAACGUCUCGGCAAUCAUGGCCACUUGCGCGGCCUUCGGACUGGCCAUGUAUUGUGGCAUUGAAUUUAUUGGUAUCAAUUUGGCAGCGCCCUUCUUGAUGAUUGGCAUUGGCAUUGACGACACUUUCGUCAUGUUGGCCGGUUGGCGUCGUACACCCGCCAAAAUGCCCGUUGCCGAGCGCAUGGGUCAUAUGAUGUCCGAAGCAGCCGUCUCGAUCACCAUUACCUCACUCACCGAUCUGUUCUCAUUUUGGAUUGGCAUCAUUAGCCCUUUCCGUUCGGUGCAGAUUUUCUGCACCUAUUCGGUAUUUGCCGUAGUUUUCACUUUCGUUUGGCACAUCACUUUCUUCGCCGCCUGCAUGGCAAUAUCUGGUUAUAGGGAACGACACAACUUGCACGCGAUUUUCGGUUGUAAAGUGCAGGCAAUGUCGGUGGCUAUAAAAGAGAAACGCAAUUUCUUAUACAAAGCCAUCAUGGCUGGGGGCAUCAAUCGUGACGAUCCCGAUAAUCCCAUUGAUAAUAAAGAUCACAUGCUCAUGGCCUUCUUCAAGGAUCACUUGGCCGCUGUUAUCAAUAAUAAAUGGUGCAAAGUUUUCAUCAUACUUAUUUUCGCGACAUAUUUAGCCGGCGCUUGCUACGGCCUCACACAGAUCAAGGAGGGCUUGGAACGUCGUAAGCUGUCAAAGGCUGAUUCGUACUCUGUAGAGUUCUUCGAUCGUGAAGAUGAGUAUUAUCGCGAAUUUCCAUAUCGCAUGCAGGUUAUCAUCACUGGCGAUCUAAACUAUUCCGAUCCCAUUGUGCAGGAUCAGAUUGAGGAGCUGACGCGCACACUCGAGAACACCUCGUAUGUAACCUCGUCACUUUACACAGAAUCGUGGAUACGUUCGUUCCGUUCAUUCGUUGACCGCAAUAACGACUAUCUCAACCUAACCAUCGAUGAUGAACAAUCGUUUAUAGAUGCAGUAAAAGAGCAUUGGCUCUUCCCUGGCAAUCCCUUCUCACUCGAUGUUAAGUUCAACGAAGAUGAGACGCGCAUUAUUGCCUCUCGCUUUCUCAUACAAGCCGUCAACAUCACCGACACUAACCACGAGAAGGAAAUGGUACGCGAUCUGCGCAAGAUUUGUAAGGACUCACCCUUGAAUGCUUCGAUAUUUCAUCCGUACUUUGUGUUCUUCGAUCAGUUCGAACUUGUGCGCCCGACAUCCGUGCAGUCAAUGAUCGUUGGCGCGAUCAUUAUGAUGAUCAUUUCCUUCAUAUUCAUCCCCAAUAUACUCUGCUCGUUGUGGGUCGCCUUUUCGAUUAUUUCCAUUGAGUUGGGCGUCGCUGGCUACAUGGCUUUGUGGGAUGUAAAUCUCGACUCGAUAUCCAUGAUAAAUCUGAUUAUGUGCAUUGGCUUCUCGGUGGACUUUACCGCGCAUAUUUGCUACACUUACAUGUCGUCGAAGAAGCGCAGUCCGAAAGCGCGUGUACGCGAGGCACUACACUCACUCGGUUUACCGAUCGUGCAGGGUUCGACUUCAACAAUUCUAGGCAUAAUUGCACUUUUGCUCGCGCAGAGCUACAUUUUCUUGGUGUUCUUUAAGAUGGUAUUCCUUGUGAUAUUCUUUGGCGCCAUGCAUGGGCUUUUCUUGUUGCCUGUGCUAUUGUCGCUCUUCGGACCCGGUUCGUGGCAAACAUGGUCGGGCACAGACUUGGGCAACGACAGCGAUGAGGUAGCAGAUGUUGAGAGUCCGAUGAAGUUGUCCAGCAUGGACAAGCUAAACUCCUACUAUCUGCAACAGCAUACCCCGCUGGGGCUGCCAGGUCCCUACGGCCCUGCUAAGGGUUUUCUCGGCACACCUUACAAAGCCUACGGCGAUGAAAAGGAUUUGGGUAUCGGCACUUCGGGCGAAGAUUCUUCUGAAAGCAGCUCAAGCCGUUCACAACGCCGCCAAGCGCUCGAAGAUGAGCACACACGCCGUCGCUACGAAGAGGGCUGGCGUCGUUCCUCUUACCACAACCUUUACACCAACUCACAGUCACAAUUCCAGCCACACACUGACCUCUACGGCCAACAGGUGACUGCGCAGGAGUGGCGCGCACGUCUCGACGUAGAACAGGAACAGCGCAAACGUAGCGCCCUGGGCAUGCGCGCCUACGACAAUUUCGCUGCUGACUUCAUGCACAUGGAACGGCGCCAACCCACGCACGCCGGUGAUGAUAUAGUCGAUACACCAGUGUCGCGCAUUGCUGCCGAACGCAGCACGCCUCCCUCCUCGCUAGAUGAACGCGCGCGUCGCAACUAUCGUCCUUCUAUAGCUGCAGCGACGGCACAUAGCGCUGGUAGUGGCGACGAUAGUAGCUAUCAUCAGCAGUUGAGCGCUGCGCCACCCACAACGACAGCAGGCAGCUCCGUGAAACGUUACCAUCGUCGACGCUCCUCAGAGGACUCCACACGCCACUACCAACGUUGGCCGCCAUCGAAUAUUGAAGAGCGUUGUGCACGCCGCUAUGCCACCACCACCCGAGAUGAUGGUGCAGCCUAUGUGCCGACGCAUGCUAACUCCUCCCCAGCCGCCGUCAAUGUCUACCGCCCACAUCCGCCAAUGCGUUCCUCGUCGCAUCACAACUUGUACUAUCCGAAUGGCGCGCAGCAACCGCCAACAUAUCAAUAUGGCGGCCACUACUACAAAUGAUGAUGACGACGACGAUAGCAUUAGUCGAGGCUAGAAAUGAAGCCGGGUCUCAAACCUCAAUGACACGUCACUGAACUAUGCACUUUGCCGGUUCCGAACUGGGGACUAUUGUACGGAAAUAACUACCUAUCGAUUUUUUUUAUAAUUUAACUACUGUUGUUUUUUUUCAUAAUUUUUUGUGCAAGGAAGCCGCUAACUAUAAAGUCAAUUGCGAGAAGAAAAAUGUGGUUAGUUUCAUACGUAAGCAAAUCUAGACAAUAAAUAGGUACUAGGAAUAGGUAGAAAGUGUUUACAAUUAGCAUAAAUUGCAAGUAGUUAUAAGUGCAAAGGAUGUGUAAAAUUAUCCUAAUGCUAGGGAUCGCAGUGGAAAUUAUCUGUUAAACAAACAUUUAUAGAAAAAAUAUUUUUUCUGAACUUUAAUUGAAAUAUCACACUCACGAGGAAAAGUAUUGGCAUAGAGAAUGUUUCACAAUAUAUGCAAACAAUUUUGAGUAUGCGGUUUUGUAGCGCUUGCCGUUAAUUUUUGGCAAUUUUU